UGGUUUGACGUAAGAAAAGUCGCCAUUACAUAUCGUGAUUACGAUUAUUUAUUUCUUUCAUUUCAAUAACGAUUUGUGAAAGAAAUAGCUUGUGUCAAACAAAUGGAACAAAAUAGCGCGCGGUUAAUUUUGUUUGUAUUCCAAAGUAGUAAAUAAAGUUGCACAGCAGUAACCGAAGUGUUUUCUAUAAAAAUUACGAGACUACGGUGUUUUAAAUUUAAAACCACCAUAAAAGCUCAUAGUAGUAGUUUUCGUAAAAUACAAAUAUAUAAGUUAAAUCAUAAAUGGCUCCACCACGAAGGAUUUCUAGAGAGCAGUUGGAGGUGAUGAUAGAUUUUCUAGAGCAGAAUAAAGGGAUGUGCAUGGGGACGCCUUCAAACGGUACAGCGGCGUCCACGGCCACCAGUGCCCACAACGCUGUGCGACAAACUUGGAACGAACUCGGCAAACUGCUCAAUGCUGUGCCGGGAGGAGCUUUGAAAACUGCAGAUGGUUGGAAAAAGUACUGGUUUGAAUGGCGACAUAAGAGUAGAAAAAAGGCAAAUGAUGCUAGAAGAUUUGAAGAAAAUCCUCAUGGUGGUCCAAGCAGGUUCGCUCCACUUAAUGACUUAGAAGUCAGAGUUUUAGCACUAAGCGGCAGCAACUUAGUGAGAUCAAAGUCAAAACCUAUUAAAGAGCUAGAAAACAUGUUGGCUGAUAAUUCUGACAGUGAUCCCAUUGGACAUAAUUCUCCAGAAAAUAUUAAAGCCGAGCCACUGCCAAUACACAAAGUUCAUAAAACAAGAAGUUCUACCAAAGGCACUGCGGCACCUGAUGAAGUUAGAUCCGGGACGCCACCUCCACAAUGGGCUUUAGAACUAGAAGAAAGACGAAUUGCAGCCGAGGAGCGUAUGGCUGCAGCAUUAGAGUCCAUAGCAUCCAUUAUGAGGCUUCAAGAAGAGCGUAGAUCCAUGCUAGAUGAGAGGAUAGCAGACACAUUGACAUCAGUAGCUGGAAAUUUCCAAGAACUCAAUAGUGGAGUACAAGAAGCUGUGAUGCACUUACAAAGGCUACAUCCUGUUCAGUCCAAUGGGCCCGAUAUCAAAGACCAUGUCUUCAUUUAAACUAAUACUAUGAAAAAAUAGGCAGCAUUUUGAAAAAUAUUGUAUAAAAGUUUUAACAUCUAGUCAACAUGAAUAAAAAUUUAGUUAUUACAAAUAAGAAAUGGAAUGACAAAUACAAAUGUUGUAGCAAUUUAAUAAGAAUUGCAAUGAUGUAGGAAUAAUGGUUGCUAUAUUAAAAAGAAUAAAGGCUGGUCCUUUAAACGUUACACUAUGUGUAAACAAAUUCAAUGUACUUAAAUUGGAUUAGAUUGUGAUUUUAUGUAAAAUGAGCAAUAAUUAUUUACUUGUAUAAUAAU